AUGAGAUUGACAUCAUACAUUCUCCAAGCAGCCGUCACAGUUGCUGUAAUUGGCGCUGCAAUCCCGGAGGGACCAAGCUCGCAAGCCCACCGCAAUGAGCAUGCUCGACGCAUGUUGGGAUCCUCCUUCGGGAUCCCCAAAAACCAAACGUUUGACUACCUCGUCAUUGGUGGGGGCACUGCGGGCUUGACUAUUGCGACCCGACUGGCUGAACAGGGCGCCGGUACUGUCGCUGUGAUUGAAGCUGGAGGCUUCUAUGAACUGAAUAAUGGCAAUCUAAGUCAAAUCCCCGCCCAAGACGCCUUCUACGUUGGCACCGAUCUCGACGAUUGGCAGCCCGGCAUCGACUGGGGCUUCCAUACCACCCCUCAAGCGGGUGCCUACGACAGGGUGAGUCACUACGCACGAGGCAAGUGUCUAGGAGGCAGCUCGGCACGCAACUACAUGGCGUAUCAACGCGGCACCAAGGCGUCGUACCAGCAAUGGGCAGACGCUGUCGGGGAUUCUAAUUAUACCUGGGAGAAAUUUUUGCCAUUCUUCGAGAAGAGCCUUCAUUAUACCCCCGCUAAUUUGUCUUUGCGCGGGGCCAAUGCCAGUGUCGCUAGCGAUCCUACUGUCCUGGGCAAUGGCGAGGGCCCCUUGUCCGUGACCUAUCCUCAUUACGCCCAAGCAUUUGCGACGUGGGGGCAAAAGGCCCUUGCUGAGCUUGGGUUCAAGAUCCGCAAAGGGUUUCAGAGUGGAGCGCUGAUGGGUCAGUCGUACGGCCUCUAUACGAUCAAUGCCACGACCAUGCAUCGCGAGUCCUCCGAGACCUCUUUCCUCCGUCGGGGUCUCACUGAUCCAAAUCUCACAGUUUUUCAAUCUACUCAGGCGAAACGCAUCAUCUUUGACGACAAGCGAGCUGUUGGAGUCGACGUGGAAAUAAUGGGUCAUAAAUACAGGCUUUCGGCACGAAAGGAAAUUGUACUCUCAGCAGGAGCUUUCCAAUCCCCCCAGCUACUCAUGGUCUCAGGUGUCGGCCCCGCAGCCACACUGCAGGCGCAUGGUAUCCGAAAAGUGGCAGACCGGCCGGGCGUGGGCCAAGGCAUGCAAGAUCAUAUAAUCUAUGCCCCGUCAUACCGAGUGAAUGUUCUCACGCAGUCGGCCCUGCUAAAUGAGGAAUUCGAAGCCCAGGCCAACCGCGACUACAACGAGCGAGCCGCGGGGAUCUAUGCCAAUCCCACCUCAGAUAUCCUGGCAUGGGAAAAGAUCCCGGAACCCAAGCGGUCGGCCUGGUUCUCGAACCAUACCCUUAAGGUCCUCGCAGAAUAUCCUGACGACUGGCCGGAGGUGGAAUUCCUCACUAUGGGGGGAUAUUUCGGUUAUCAAAAGAACUACAUUCGAGACAACCCCAGCGACGGCUACAACUACGCUUCUAUUGCGGUAUCGCUUUGUACGCCACGCUCGCGGGGCAAUGUCACGAUCUUGUCCUCCGACGCUGCAGUGCCACCGGUGAUCAACCCAAACUGGCUCACUGAUUCAGUAGAUGUCGAACUAGCCGUGGCUGCUUUUAAGCGGACCCGCGACUUCUUUAAGACCACUGCCAUCAAGCCCAUUCUCAUUGGCCCUGAAUAUUUCCCGGGUUCAGAAGUCGCCACAGAUGAGCAAAUUCUGGAUCAUGUCCGGAAAAGCUUCGAUACUAUUUUCCAUGCCUCCUGUACUUGUGCUAUGGGCAAGUUAAAUGACCCCCUGGCUGUGGUAGACUCUAAAGCUCGAGUGAUCGGUGUUGAUGCCUUGCGUGUGGUGGAUGCUUCGGCUUUCCCACUCCUACCACCAGGCCAUCCCCAAUCUACCAUCUAUGCACUGGCAGAGAAGAUUGCAUGCGACAUUUCGGGCAAUUGCUAA